UAUGCUCCUGGGGUGGGCUGCUCCGUCAUGUCAUCAGUCUCUAUCCUUGAAAGUCCGAAAUUCGAAAAUUGUUGCAUCCUCGUCCUCAUGUCAUUGCCAUUAUGGUCCAAUUCCCAGAAGAGAAUAGCAUCCCCAUCCCGUCGAUGUUUAUACCUCCUUCAUAAAACCUGAGCGGCGCUAAUAAGCAAUAACCACUCUCUCUGUUACUCUUUUAAUUAAUAUCCUGGCCCGGGAAGUGGGGAAUCUCAUCCGAGUCAUCCGUAAUUCUCUGUUGGGCUCUCUUAAAUUUGAUUAUCGUCCAAAAUAAAUACGUACCACUGCUUCUCCAAAUUAGAUGAAGUUUGGGAAAGAAUUUAAGACCCAUCUGGAAGAGACCUUGCCUGAAUGGAGAGAAAAGUACUUGUGUUACAAGCCCUUGAAGAAGCUCCUCAAAAAUAUCCCCACCCCCGAUGCCGCCCCGCCCCGCCCCCCCCCCCGCCCGCUCCCUCCUGCUGACGGCGACAACUACCCUCCUCCAGCUCCCUUCCCGGAGCUCCAGGACUGGUUCGUCAGAAUUCUCACCGAAGAGCUUGAAAAGUUCAACGAUUUUUACAUUGAUAAAGAGGAAGACUUCAUCAUCCGCCUCCAGAAACUGAAGGAAAGAAUUGAGCGGGUUAAGCAUAGGGAGAUCCAACAUGGUGCUUCAUAUACAGACCGUGAAUUUAGUGAGGAGAUGAUGGACAUACGUAAGGACUUUGUUUCGAUUCAUGGGGAAAUGGUUCUUCUGAAAAAUUAUAGCUCCCUAAAUUUUGCAGGUCUUGUGAAGAUUUUGAAGAAGUAUGAUAAACGAACUGGAGAAUUGUUGCGUUUGCGUUUUACACAGCUUGCUUUCCAUCAGCCUUUCUUUACAACUGAACCGCUCACUAGAUUAGUACGAGAGUGCGAGGCAAAUCUCGAACUUCUUUUCCCGUUGGAAGCAGAAGUUGUUGAAUCUACUGUUGUUGCAGAAGAUAAGAAUGGAGGAACAUCAUUAAAUACGUCUAUGGACACAACGCUGCCACUUGGGAAAGAAACUGCAGAUAUUUAUCGAAGCACGCUUGCAGCCAUGAGGACUAUUCAGGGCCUAAAAAAGGCAAGCUCUACCUACAACCCAUUGUCAUUGUCAGCUAUCUUUGGAAAUCAGGAUAAUGACAGUACAGGUGAUGUAACAGCAGAAAAUUCUGCCGACUCUUUGUCCAGCCUGCAGAAUGUGGACGAGGUAAACAACGAAGUGGCCUCUUCUCCGAAAUAGGUUUCAGUGUUCUGGUUGCUUUAUAUUGAAUAAGUUUUGGAAGUUGAUAUUGAAGACGUGUAGGUUUUCGGUAUGCUAGUUUUUUUUUUUUUUAACUUUGUUAUCAGUUUUUUGUAGUUCAAAUGAUCUCUGUGCUGUGUUAUUAUAAUUGUGCAAUAAGCUGCCAGCCAAAUAUUGUUAGUGGCAGAAAUGUUGGGCAUAAAAUUGCUUAGCAUCUUGGCUUUCUUUAGACUUGGAAAGGAUUUGUGCAUAAAGUUUUCAAGUUUA